CCACAUCAGCAGUGUCACAUCAGCAGUGCCACGUCAGACACAGUGCCACGUCAGCAGUGUCAUGACAGACAGUGCCAUGUCAGCAGUGCCACAUCAGACAGUGCCACGUCAGACAGUGCCACGUCAGCAGUGCCACAUCAGACAGUGCCACAUAAGCAGUGCCACGGCAGACACUGUGCCACGUAAGCAGUGCCACGGCAGCAACAUGACGGGCCUGCCAGGCCAACUGGCCAACGAGUCCAUUGCCGACUACAAACAGCGUUUCCAGGCUCAGCUCGCUCUCAUCGAGGCUGAGGAACAACGCCAGCUGGCAGCCAAGGCUGCCCAGCUACAGGCUGAAGAAGCGGCAGCAGCUGAGAAGCAGCGGCUUCAGGCCGAGGCAAAUGCAGCUACCCAGGCUCGCCGCAAGGAAGCCCAGGAGCUGCUGCAGCGGCAUGAAGCAGCCAGCAUUGAGAGACUCAAGUUCUGGCACUUUGAACCCAACGGUGACGAUGCGACACCAGAGGAGCAGCAUAAGGAGUUCAUGGCCAAGCUCGUGACCAGGCUGGUCUACACGUGUAACCACCUACAGUCCGAGCCGGCAAACCUCCAGGGGGCCAUGCGGAACCAUAAGACGCAGCACGAGGAUGCCACAGGGGCACUGGACGCCCGUGUACAGGACUUCGAACAUCCACCAAGACCAGAUGUUGGGGCUUCCAGCAGUGCACCCUCUAGCCGCCAACUGGAGGAACGCGUUGACCACGUAGUGGCAAUGCUCGGCGACAUCAGCACCUUCGCUGCGCCGACCACCAUCAGCAGUCAGCUGCAUACCUUGAAGACCGAGGUCCAGCAGUUGCAGUCGACGAACACAAAUGACAAUCCUAAGAUGUACAAGAUGUCAACUUUCCAACUGGAAAAGUUCAACGACUACACGCAGCAGGAUCCGGUCCUCUGGUGGGAAGCAUUCACGACGCAACUCAGGAUUCUGCCUGUCGCUAAGCAUGCGUACAUCGGCGCCCUGUUCUUGAACUCAGAGGGCGGAUGCCAGACCUGGUUGACCCACCUGGCAACCUCCCACGGCGUCGACGUACCAGACUUGAAGGACAAGAUCACAUGGGAGGAACUGACACGGUUGUGGAAGAAGCGGUUCAUCGUCGACGACGCGCCGGCACUCACCAUCAACCGCCUGUUCACCAUGUCACAGGGCAACACAGCAACACGGGACUGGCUCACGGAGUGGCAGAAGAUUGUGGCAGUGCCCAAUCAGGACUUGCCAUUCACGCACCUACGCCGUGAGUUCUACAACAGUCAGAGUUUGGAAGAGCAUGUGGAACACCUGCGCACCGUUUUGGAGCAGCUACGACAGGCCAAGUACAAAGCAAACCGCGACAAGUGUGAGUUCGCACAGCAAGAGCUGGAGUACUUGGGCCAUUAUGUGACGCCGAAAGGCAUCCGUCCGCUCGCGGACAAGAUCGAGGCCCUACGACCGCCAAAGGUGCCAUUCGUAUUCGAUGACAACACACGCCGAUCAUUUCAAGCACUUAAGACGGCUAUGCUCAUGGCACCCGUUCUUAGCAUCUAUGACCCCACCCUGCCGACGAGAGUGACUACGGACGCUUCCGACUAUGGCAUUGGGGCAGUCUUGGAACAGCAUGAUGACGACGACUGGCACCCUGUGGAGUACUUCAGCCACAAAGUGCCUCUCUUCCACUCGCUUGAUGAUGCAAGGAAGAAGGAGUUACUCGCGUUUGUCAUGGCUCUCAAGCGAUGGCGACACUUCCUCCUUGGGCGUCGUAGGUUCACAUGGGUUACGGACAACAAUCCAUUGACCUACUACAAGACGCAGGAUACGGUGAGCAGCAUGAUCGGACGAUGGAUGUACUUCAUCGACCAGUUUGACUUCACACCGAAACAUCUUCCCGGCCUCUCAAAUCGCGCAGCAGAUGCACUCUCGCGAAGACCUGAUCUUUGCGCUAUGACACAUCAUGCCUUCGCAUUCGACGAGGAGCUUCAGCGACAUUUCAUCCGGGCAUAUGAGUCUGAUCCGGACUUCGCCACGCUGUAUGCACAGAUAUCUUCGGAUCACCCGCCGGCCAGCCACUAUCGCAUUGUCGACGAGUACUUGCUCCUCCACUCGAGAGGCAAGGACUUACUAUGUGUCCCACGCGACCGACUUCUUCGGACUCGCCUCCUCGGCGAGUAUCAUGAUUCACGACUCGCCGGCCAUUUCGGAGUCAACCGCACUAUUGCACAGCUUCGACAGCGAUUCCGAUGGCCCGAUCUCAUUACAGAUGUCACGCAGUAUUGCGACUCUUGCGAAGUUUGUCGACGCAGCAUGCCCCGCAACCGCAAUCUCUACGCCGAGUUACGCCCGAUGCCUAUCCCACGGGAACCUGAUCUCUCCAUUGCCAUGGACGUCACCGGUCCGUUUCCCCGCGACCGGCUCGGGCACGACGGCAUCCUCACAGUGGUGGACCGAUUGAGUAAGUACGCGCGUUUUCUUCCUUGCAAGUACAACUCCACGGCUCCCGAGUUGGCACGCCUCCUGCACACUGGUUGGAUUUGUGGCCACGGUGUACCAGAAGACAUAGUCAGCGACUGCGACACUCGUUUCAUGUCGGCAUUUUGGACUGCUCUCAUGCAGGAGUCCGACACGAAGAUGAAACCAAGUUCGGCUCGGCAUCCACAGACGGACGGGCAAACAGAGCGGGCACAUCAAACCGCUCAAAUGAUGCUUCGUACGCUCAUCCGUCCGGACCAGAAAGAUUGGGUUGACCGCCUCCCCGACAUCGAGUUCGCCUACAACACUUCGGUGCAUCCGGCGAUCGGCGUGACUCCAUUCGAGUUGCACCACGGUGGACGGAAAGGCCGGAUCUUYRYHGACCUUCUCCUCCCUCGACCAGCCGACAUUGACGCUGCCUGCUCUCCCGCUUCCAUCCGGAAGUAUAGGGAAUUGUUGACUCAAGCCCGCGCAAACAUGCAAAAGGCUCAAGUCCCCAUGCAGCAGCAAGCCAACAGGUGUCGCGUACCAUGUCCCAUCCGCGCCGGUGAUCUGGUUUGGGUCUCCGCGGAAGAGUUUGCACUGGAACAGGAUGUUUCACGCAAACUGCUUCCCAAGUGGUUUGGACCUUGGUCUGUGACAGCAGCCGCGGGCGAUGAGCCUGAUGGCCCUUCAUUUGUGAUCAACAUUCYAGAGCAUCUGACGGUCCAUCCGGCCUUCCACGCCUCGAAGCUGGCAACAUACACGCCAGCCAAGAGCGACGACUUUCCGGGCGGACAAUCGCAGGACCCUCCUUCUAUGGAUGGUCAUCAGGAAGUUGACCGCGUCAUCWCCGAUCGCAAGUACGGCAGCAAGCCGCGGCAGUACAAAGUCACAUUCAAAGCAUGCGAUCGCGACGACACUCGGUGGAUUUCAGACGCAGAUUUGAAAGCAUCCGCACCGCUGAUCUACGCGCAUUAUGAAAAGCGGAGGUUAGCUCAGGAAGCUUCACGACCAGCCCCUCCCACCCGGACUGCGGUCCCUCCCUCAGACAGAGAGCUUCGCCCUCGCAGGUAAGCUCGGUUCUUCAAGGAGGGGGGGGGUGUGGCAUAUUGCGUAGCCACACGGGCCCUGCAGGGCCCGUCCCGGACAUUCAGCCUA